UAUUUAAUACCCAAGAACCCAUUAGUACUAAAAAUGGAGGAAAUAAAAAGAAGUAUCCUUCAGAAGGACAAAAUCAGGCCAAGGUUCUAAGACAGAGUAUGACAGAAUGGCAUUUUGGGUCAAAAUUAGAGAGGCAAGGGUGCAAAAUGAGUUAGGUAGAGCAGAGAGUAUAGCAGGUAACAACAAUCCAUUGCAAAACCACAUUUACAAGAUGGGAAAGAGUACGGAAAGAGUUUAUCAGUAAUGCAGUGAGGAAGGGAAGCUAGUGAAAGUGUGUGCAAACUAAGCUGAAGUGUUGAAUCUUUUCCACUUUCAUUUUUGCUAAAAUUCUUAUUAUGACACAACUGAAAUGAUUUCUAGGAAUGAGAAACAUGGAAGACAAGUUGAAAUACUGAAUGCACACUUAGGAAAGACAGAUAUUUUGAUCUGAAUUUAAAAUCACAAUCCUUUCCAAAAUCACUAUUAAAUAUUUGGGGAAAUGGCAACGGUCAUCUUUAACAGUGCUUGUGAGAUGGGGAGGUACCAGGUUCUGGUUGGUUUGAUCUAGUGUGUGUGUUUAGAAAUGAAUGAAUGAAUAAAUGAAUGAAUGAAUAAGAAAGAAAGAGUAAACAUGAUCGAGAGAAGAUGGAAGAAAGGGAAAGAGGGAGGGAAGAAAGCAGGCAACUCUGGCUGAUUUUAGAAGAUUCAGUCUAAAUUCAAUUCCCAGAAAAUACUGAGCAGAAAUCCAGUGCUUCUGUUUGUAGUCACCCAGAAGGUAAUAUGCUACCAGUUACCAGCAAACAUCGGUUUGUUUAAUUUAACUAUCAAGCAAGCAAUCAGUUCUACAAAUACAAAGUGGGAAUUACUGGCCAAACUCUCACAGGCAGACAGAAGCUUAGGAUCAGUAUCAAAGCACAACAGAAUCAAUAACAUCUGGGUAUUGCGAAAAAAACAAACUUCACCUGAAAUGUCUGGAACAAGAAGUCUCAUUUGUGAGUAAAACGAGUGACUCUCAUCUUCUCAACAGCUCUAAGAUCUCUCCUGCAUAUCAGUGGCUGGGUGUAGGCAUCAGCCUUCAAGAAGGGUGUUGUCCAGCUGUUGUCCAGGUGUUGGCCUGCUUGAGACCGACCAUGAGGGAGGCAGCGACAGCUAUCAGAACAUACGAAACAGGGUAGAGAUGGAGAGGUUAACAGUCUGAUGGAAGGACAAACCCUAAAGCUAAGCAAAGAGAUGUGAGCAGUCUUCAAAUGCUGAGACAGCUCAGCUGCUCUGAGCUGGAUGUGAUGGUAUACAGACUUGCUAUGAAACGUAAUGUGAACAUGAAUGAUGUGUUGCAAAUAGACCCUGGGUUGCACACUCUAAGCAGAGGAGUACAUCAGAGAUGCACUAAUUCCAUCUAAUGGAAUUAGUUUUAGAUUAAUUAAUAGAUGCACUUAUUUCCAUCUAAUGCACAUUCCAGGUAAAAGACAUCCUUGUGUAACUUCUGCAACAGUAUUUCCUUUCUGAACAGAUAUCUCCAGUACAGGUGUCUGAGUCCAAAAACUGAAAUCAUCCAGCUCUGGGGAGUGACUGAUGAUGUCUGCUGAGCAUGCAAGGUAUCUACAUGCAUUUUCCAAUCGCAAAAGUUGGCAUGAGGAAGAUCCCACACAUAAGAGCAGCAUCAGCAUAUCCCUGCAGCAUCGUGUCUCUUCCUGGCCAUGGGUGAUCCAUCCCCAUAGAGGACCUGGGAGAGGAACCUUAUGAGGCUGGGUAGAGGAUCCUUAUGAUUUUCAACAUGGGCAAGGAUGGAGUCCUACACCAGGGGAGGAAUAACUGCACAUAUCUGUACAGGUUAGUGGAUGUCCUGCUGGAAAAGAGCUCUGUGGAGAAGGACCUGGGCAUCCCAGAGGCCAUGAGCCAGCAGUGAGCCCUUGUGGCCAAGAAGGUCAAUGGUAUUCUGGGGUGCAUUACAAAAAGCAUGACCAGCUGGGGAGGGAGACGAUCCUCCCGUUCUACUCUGCCCUGGGGAGGCCCCAUCCCAAAUGUUGAGUCUGGUUCUGUGCUCCUCAGUUCAAGGCAAACUGGGAAUUACCACAGAAUCAUGGAAUAGAAUCUUUUGAGUUGGAAGGGACCCCUAAAGGUCAUCUCGUCCAACUCCCCUGCAAUGAACAGGGACGUCUACAGUUCAGUCAGGUUGCUCAGAGCCUGGGCCAGCCUGAUUUUGACUGUAGCCAGGGGUGGAGCAUCCACCACUUCUCUGUGCAACCUGUUCCAGUGCCUCACCACCCUUACUGUAAAAGACUUCUUCUUUAUAUCCAAUCUGAAUCUCCUCUCUUUUAGUUUGAAACCAUUUCUCCCUGUCCUGUCAAAGCACACCUUGCUGAAGAGUCUGUCCUCUCUUGUGUAAACUCCUCUAGGGUGCCCACCUAAGCAGGGAUGUUGGACAAGAUGAUCUCCAGAGGCCCCUUCCAACCUCUAUGAUUCUUUGAUUCUGUGGGAACCUGCUGCUUGUCACUCUAGCAUCCCCAAGACCGGGAGAAUGAACUGAACACUGAACACAGACAAACAGCGGCACAGAAUUUCAUAAAUGUUUCCUUCCUCUUGGGACAAAUAUGAGAGAAAAAGUGGAAAUAAAAAGAAAAAAAACCUCUUCAUAAAAGUUUUUGCAUUUUCCACCAGAAAAUGUUGUUUCUGAAUGAAUGGCAAGGCAUGAAUUUCACUUUCCCAGCUCUGCCUUGGCACUAGUACACUAUUCCUGCCUGGAAGGUUGCACAAAAUUCCAUCUGUGCCUCCACUGCUGCCAUUGAUGGUCCAGAACCAGCUCAGCUGAGAGGACUUGUUUGCUCAUCAGACUCCUGAAACAGUCCAAUUUCACAAUCCUACAGCCUACGUGAUGCCAAUGGCACAAGAUUCCUGGCAGAGGUUUGGCUUCUGCUAGUUGCUGAGCCAGGGGGCAUGGAGGGAGGUUUGGGGAUGGAGGGGAGGAGCCAGGGCCGCAGGGACUUCUCAAAUACCCCAUCCCUUGGGUGCAUUUCCUGCUUCCUCCCUGCAGUGCUUUCUGUGACCAACAUGAGGUUCAUUCUCCUGCCAUGUCUUUGGGCUUCCCUUGCAGGAGUCCUGCUGGCAGGAAAUAAUAAAAUAGUUCAACUGCGAUUAGUGAAUGGUACAAAUCACUGCUCUGGGAGAGUGGAGGUGCUUUAUGGACAGCAAUGGGGAACAGUCUGUGAUGAUAACUGGGACCUAAUUGAUGCUGAAGUUGUGUGCCGUCAGCUGGGCUGUGGGACAGCCCUAUCUGCUCCUUCCUCAGCUUAUUUUGGAAGAGGAUCUGACCCCAUUUGGCUUGAUGAUGUUACAUGUAAAGGAACUGAAGCUGCGUUGUCUGAAUGUACUGCAAAACCUUGGGGGAAACAUGACUGUGGGCAUGGAGAAGAUGCCGGUGUUGUAUGCUCAGGUAACUCUCACCCUGCAUGUCGCAAGUGAGUUUAGGGUAAUGCUGGAGAUGCUGUAGCGAGCUCUGUUCCCUUUGGAGCAAGGAAAACACCAACACUCAAGAAAACCACAAGUGAAUGUAGUUUGUACUGCCACAGUCUUGUACAUUCUCUAAACUAAAAAUUUUCUACUGCAUGAGCCACUGGUAGAGCAGUGCUGUUGCAGGAAUUAUUUAUAGACUCCCAGGUCCUCGAAGACAACCAUAAGCCCAGUGUUCUCCCUACAUGAUUUAUAAAGUCAUAGAAUCAUAGAAUCACAGAGGUUGGAGAAGACCUCC